AUGCAAAACACCCCACCGCCUCAGCUAUCAAGAACACCGGGUCGGCGUUGGUCGCCCCUCAAGGUUGGGGCUGGCUUGGCGGCGGCCGUCGGGACUGGUGCACUGGUGCACCUCCACCAGCCCUGCUACAUUUCAGCGACAUAUCACUCCCGUUCGUCCAACCCGCCACUACCACCUGCACCUCGGCCCAGCAUCCUCUCCCUUACCACCGUCGAACGCCCAGCCGCGCCUGCUCGCUCCUGCCUCAAAGUCCCGUGUGAGAGAGCUUCGCACGUCGCGAAGUGGUUAAACACGCGCUGUUUGACUUGGUCUGGAGCGAUGUCGACUGAGAGGAGGUCACAAGCAUAUCGAUGGAGAGCGGAUGUAAAGGAAAGGGGUGAGGGCGAGGCCCAGGCGGUGAGGAAGUUGGAAAGGCCGCGCCGAAGAUCGGAAAGCCGAAUAUAG